CCCGUUGUGUGGGUGUGGGGUAACUUGGGUGGGAACGGCGUGGAGGCCACCACGACGAAGUCCUGCGCCUCGUCGAUGGGGUGUGUGCAGAAAGAGCGCGGAUAAAUAGGAGGCUCCCUCUUCCCGGCGACACUCGCGUAGCCGGUCGGCCGCCCGCCCGGGGUGUCCGCCCGCCCGGUAGCCGGGUGGCAGCCUGGGGAGUAGUUUUGCUUCCUGCUAGCUCCGGGAUUCGUUUCCAGGCACCCCGUCGGGCGCCCGUGGCCCGGGAAGGGGGCGCAGGAGGAGGCGGGAGACUCGUCUCGGGGCUGCUAGGCCCGGCAGCGGGGUUGAUGGCCCGGGCCGUCCCGGGCAGCGGCGCCAGCUCCCUGCCACUGCUCCUGGCCCUCGCCCUGGGUCUAGUGAUCCUCCACUGUGUCGUGGCAGAUGGGAAUUCAACCAGGAGUCCUGAAAAUGAUGGCCUUCUCUGUGGAGAUCGUGGAGAAAAUUGCCCAGCUACGACCACACAACCAAAGCGAAGAGGCCACUUCUCUCGUUGCCCCAAACAGUACAAGCAUUACUGCAUUAAAGGGAGAUGUCGCUUCGUGGUGGCCGAGCAGACGCCCUCCUGCGUCUGUGAUGAAGGCUACGCUGGGGCGAGAUGUGAGAGAGUUGACUUGUUUUACCUAAGAGGAGAUAGAGGGCAGAUUUUGGUGAUUUGUUUGAUAGUAGUUAUGGUAAUUUUUAUCAUUUUGGUGGUCGGCAUCUGCACAUGCUGUCAUCCUCUUCGGAAACAUCGAGAAAGAAUAAAGAAGGAAGAAGAAAUGGAAACUCUAGGUAAAGAUAUAACUCCUAUAAAUGAUGACAUUCAAGAGACUAGUAUUGCUUAAUGUCUAUGAAGGUACCUCCAGGCUGGUGGCAAACUACAAAAUACCUUACUCAUUUGAAAAUGGACAGACUGUGUCUCAGGAAAACAGCUAGCAAAAUGAAUUUUAAAUAAUGUAUUUACUUUUUGUUUGUAAUGUUAAUUUGUGUUGUUUACUGUUGUUUUUAUAAUAAUAAUAAUAAGUAAUUUUAUUAUUAUAUAGUAUUUGGGAAAAGCACCCAGUUAAGAAGGGAAAUUUUAAUAAACUUCCACUUAAGUUUUGUCACCGGGAUUACUAGUCAAACAAAAAAGAAGAGUAGGAAGGAGUUUAGAUCCGAGGAAUUGAAUUAAUAAUAAAGCUACUAUUUAUCCCAAACUUACUAUGUGCCAAGAGUUUGAAAUACAUUAUUUCCUUAAUUCGUUUAAGGAUCUAUGAUCCUCAUUUCUCAUGUAUAGAAACAAGCCCUAAGAAGUUAAAUAAUCUAACCCAGUUUUACAGAGUUAGGAAUAGGUAGAGCUGAAACUGGAACCAAGAUUUACCCAAGUUCAAAGUUUGUGCUCUUAACCAUCAUUGUUUUUUCAUUGGAGUUGUUGCAACCUAACUCACAAUAUAACCCAAGACUUCACCCUAAACUGUGUUUUGCCAUGACUCAGACACUGGUGCAUUUUCCUGCAGAAACUCAGAAUGCAGAGUCCUGGAUAUACGUUAUUGUUACCAUCAUGCUUUCCGUAGUCUUGACUUUCAUUAUGCUUCUUUGCUCCUUUAUAAAUUCUCAGUGAUAUGCACACAUUCUUACAUUUCUAAAGCAAACAGAUUUGCCCCAUAGCUAGGGUAAUGAGCAGAGAUGGGAAGUAAAUGCCUGAAGUCUUUAAGCCCCAGGUAAGUGUCUAUGCUUGCUAAAGGAUAGAUAAUAGCACUGGAAGAGGCUACGUAUCCCGGGGUAAAUGGUCAGUGACAGUACAGCAGAGCCCAAGCAGACACUGGCUGUGACCAUACCCUCAUUUGUUCUUCUAAGCAAACAGUACCCGUGAUUGCUCUCAGGUGAAUUUUGGUGCAAUCAAAUUAUGACCAUAGUCAUCUAUUACUUGGGAUCAUCUUGCCAAAUGCUCCUUCAACUCCAGAUUACGGUUAAUAAAGAUUCUUUUUAAACCUGAAACAGCAGAAUGCACAUUGAGCCAAUAUUCCAUAGAAUAUGGAAUUUCCUACAUUUUUAUAAAAAAUGAUGAGAUGUCCUCAAAUGGCUACACUUUGGCUGUUGUGCCUGUCAGAAAAGCAGCUUUUCCAGAAUCUUUGUAAAUUUUACUUUGCAGUGUAGGCUCCACACCCAAAGUGAAUCAGAGAAUUCAGAGAAAAGGUGAAGUUGUCUAUUACCUUUUAUCACGUGUCAUGUUUCAAGUGAGACUGAGGCUGUGCUUAUGUAGAACACAGAAAUAGCUCAAAUAUCCAUGAGAGCUAACUGAGACAACUGAUCAUUUUCUAAAUCCAUUUUUUCUCCUGAGAGUGACCACUCUUGAAAUAGGAUCAGUUUCAACCAAUCCAUGUCGUAUACACUUUAUUUUCAAAAGCCUCCUCUGAGCUCCUUCACGCUCUUUCUCUUUCUCAGUCUUCACUGAUAGUAAGAGUGCUUGAAACAAACAGAGGUUGGUUGACCAGUGGAUUCUCUCAAGACAAUUCAAGCUUGGGAAUUUUCUUUUGAUGCUAAAAUAUUAAUGGUGUCUCUUGAAAUUUGGUAGAUCGAACUACCAAGAAAGUACUUCAGAGAUUUUCGUAUCUUUUCAAAAUGUAUUUUGUAAUUGUUUUGCCUAUGUUAAAUGACCUUGUUUAUGUAAACUGUCAGUAUUAUCAUGUAAUAAAAUAAAUUUAUUUUUAA